GGACAAUAACUACACACGCACAGGGGGCGCUUUGAUUCGGAGCCUUCAGACGUCCCGCACGUCACCACGCCGUCCAGAUGUUGAUCACGCGCCUCUUGAUAAUUGGGCUCGCGCUGUUGAUCAUCGACCGGGAGAGUAACAAGGAUAAAUCACAAGAGCAGUCCGUGACCUGUGCGCGCGGCGCUGAGUGGGGGUCAGUCCCCCGCGCUCCCCCGCGUGGCUGUUUGCUAAACAACCCGACGGAGCUCUAAAGCCUCCUCGCGCCCCGCUGCCCCGCAGGGAAGGAUGUUGGGGGGGGGGGCAGACCGAGGGAAACAAAAGCCCGCCUGGGAACCGGGUCCCAAAACUCGACAGAAACCCGACAGAACCCGGGUGGUUCAGGCGCGGGGAGUGAACUUAAAGAACCGCGUUAAAGAGGAUCUCAAUAAAAAGAGAACUUCGCUUUCUGCUCUCCCGCCCGGCUUGAGCGCGGCUCAAUUGUGUGCGUAAAAACGCGCCUCGCUCUGCGUCCUCGCGACGAAGCUGCACCUCUCUCUGUGCUCGAAACGGCGAGGAGCCAAUGCACGCGCAGCGGAGGCGUGUCCUCUCCUCCUCCUCCUCGCGCCUCUCCAAGACCUCCCCGUGCAGGUCGGGUCGCUCCGGCUCUAAAGCCUCGAGACCGCCUCAGCUCGUCAGUGUUCAGAGUGGCGCCAUGGCGACAACAGCUCAGUACAUCCCGCGGAACUCCUCGCUGCCGUCCAACCCGCUCAUGCACCCGGACUCCGACCGCAUGCACCAGGGCACCACGUACCGCGAGGUGCAGAAGAUGAUGCACCACGAGUACCUGCAGGGGCUCGCGGCCACCAACACGGGCCACCCCAUGAGCCUCACGCAUCACCAGUGGCUGCCGGGCGGCGGGAACACAGACUGGACCACCGCCACACACAUCCAGCACGAGCACAAGCCCAGCGUGCCGCGCGAGGACCUGGGCGGCGGCGGCGGCUUCCACCACAGAGCGCACCUCGUGCACCAGCAGCAGACCCACAACAACCAGGGCCACCACGGGCACGCGUGGGCGCCCGCCGCGGCCCCCGCGCACCACCUGUCCCCGCUGCCCGGGCCCGUGGGCUCCGGCGGGCACGGGCCGCUCGUGUACGCGCAGCCCGGCUACACCAACCUGAACGCCAUGCUGAGCCCGGGUGCGGGCGGCGCGCUCCACCACGGGGGCAUGCACGAAGACACGGGGCCCGGGAGCCUGCACGAGGCGCAGCUGGAGUCCCCCGGCGGGGGGGGCUUCGGCCACCACGCGGACCACUCGGACGAGGACGCGCCGAGCUCGGACGACCUGGAGCAGUUCGCCAAGCAGUUCAAGCAGCGGCGCAUCAAGCUUGGCUUCACGCAGGCCGACGUGGGGCUCGCGCUGGGCACGCUGUACGGGAACGUGUUCUCGCAGACCACCAUCUGCCGCUUCGAGGCGCUGCAGCUCAGCUUCAAGAACAUGUGCAAGCUGAAGCCCCUGCUCAACAAGUGGCUGGAGGAGACGGACUCCAACACCGGCAGUCCCACCAACCUGGACAAGAUUGCGGCGCAGGGCCGGAAGCGGAAGAAGAGGACGUCCAUCGAGGUGGGCGUGAAGGGCGCGCUGGAGAACCACUUCCUCAAGUGCCCAAAGCCGUCCGCGCACGAGAUCACGUCCCUGGCGGGCACGCUGCAGCUGGAGAAGGAGGUGGUGCGCGUGUGGUUCUGCAACCGGCGGCAGAAGGAGAAGAGGAUGACCCCGGUGGGGGUCCCGCACCCCAACAUGGAGGACGUGUACUCCCAGGCAGAGACCCCCCCUCUCCACCACUCGCUGCAGAGUCCGGUGCAAUGACUGUUCUCGUGACCCCCGCCUCGUGGGGGGGGGGGGGACAGACUAUGAUGGAGUUUACCCCAUUUAACUUCUGCUUUUGUUGUGCUUUCUAUUUCCGGGAAAGUGAAAGAGGACACGGAGGGUGAGCUGGACGGAGAGUCACUCUCUCACUCUCUCACCCGGACUGUCGCGGGGACCAUGAGAGAGACUAAAUACCGCUUUAUCUGAACUGAUGCGUUAGAACGAAACAAAGUUGUUUAUUUACCAAAAGUCUACGGAGGAGCCACGGGGACCGCCCGUCCCGGGCUGUGGUUGCCGGGGGACGUUUGGCGGAGCGGAUCACUAAAGAUGAACUGUUUGUUCCGAGGCCUCGAGGUCCAGACCCUACGGUCUGUCGUUCUUUGUUCUAAUGAGUGUGACGGUGUUUUGGUUUCAUUUAACUUCAGUGUGUCCCUCUCCUCGUCGAAGUAUUUCACUUGGUCGUGGUGGUUCAGAUCAGCCCCGGGUCCCGGGUUAAGUCGUCCCGAGUCCCGGGUUAAGGCGUCCCAGGUCCCGGGUUAAGGCGUCCCAGGUACCUGGUUAAGGCGUCCCGGGUCCCGGGUUAAGGCGUCCCAGGUCCCGGGUUAAGGCGUUCCAGGUCCCGGGUUAGGGUGUCCCGGGCACCGCGCUCCGUGGCCGGGCUGGGGGACACGACGUGGCGCGCGGCUCCGACACUAAAUCCUCCCACUAACACUCCCAGUACUCCGAGUACUAAAGCCUCGCUCCCAGUACUAACGCCUCGCUCCCAGUACUAGAGCCUCGCUCCCAGUACUAAAGCCUCGCUCCCAGUACUAACGCCUCGCUCCCAGUACUAGAGCCUCGCUCCCAGUACUAAAGCCUCGCUCCCAGUACCAACGCCUCGGUCCAGGACCGAUCCGGUCCCAGAUGAGGAGCAGGACGACAGCCUUAACAAAGAGCUCAGCUCGAGACGGGAGGGCCACGGAUUAUUAUUAUGAUGAAAGGGCCCCACGGAUUAUUAUUAUUAUUAUGAAAGGGCCCGACGGAUUAUGAUUAUUACAAUAGGGCCAAGCAGAUUUGUAUUACGAUAUUAUUACGGUUAUUAUUCACACGCAUUUUGUUGUCUUUUCUGGGUUCUUUGUUUUUAUGAUUAUAAUUAUUAAUAUUAUUGUGAUUUUUCAUUUGCAUGCAGCACUUAUUUCUUUAGUUGGUAUUUAAUUUUAUAAAAUUGGUAAAAUUGUAACGCUGGUGUCGUUCGGCUAAAAAGAUUCGCCUUGUUUACAACCGGUCGGUGUCACCCGAGGGUGAUGUGGUCUCAACCCAGGGGCUGUUGUCUCAACCAGGGUGCCGUCAUCUCUCUCAGCUCUCCUCGCAACACUUCAACAGAGAUUGGUCCAAUAAGAGUCGAUAUCUCAGGUAACUUCCAGCUCCCCGUGUCUCCAUCUCCCGUCCUGAGAGUCUUAUUAGAACCAGUGAGACUGGUGCGUAAAGGACCAGUCUUAUUAGAACCAGUAAGACUGGUGAAGGACCAGUGUUAUUAGAACCAGUGAGACUGGUGAAGGACCAGUGUUAUUAGAACCAGUAAGACUGGUAAAGGACCAGUCUUAUUAGAACCAGUAAGACUGGUAAAGGACCAGUCUUAUUAGAACCAUUAAGACUGGUGAAGGACCAGUCUUAAGACCAUUCUGCGCGUAAAGGAAUUAAAGGGACUUGCUUUGAAUAUUUAUUGAGUUCUGAUCUAAAGGGAAAAUAAGGCGGUGUGUUCCUCCGCGAGGAGAAAUAUUGUAUUAUUAUUAUCGUUUUUUUUAAUUUAAUUUGACAUUUUCAAAAAGAUUCUAGUGAAAAUGUCGCCAGGAUUAUUUCCAAUAUGUAAAUAUGUCGAAUAUGUAAACUUGUAUUUGUUGUCAGUUAUUGUUUCUAUUCUUUGUUUUUUCUUUUCUUUCCGGGCAGUUUUGUACACUUACUAAUUCCAAGAAAAUAUUUUAAUAUGAUUUCAUUUCUGAAUCUGAGCAUUUCUAUAUAAAUAUUUAUUUCUUCAAUGUG